CAAAGUCGUUUCGACGCACUCAAGCGGGUACCACUUGUGCGCUGUGUGUGCCGCUCUUCUCCUCCGUAACAUUUGAAUGAAUGUAGAAGAACUGGAUAGUGAAUAUAGUCAAUCAAUAUUUUGUAUGUGUUUGCAUCGCUUGUCUCAUCACAGAGCAGUAUACCAUUACAACUGGUAAUACCAGUGCAGGUUGAACGUCGUUUGAAUUACUCUUAAUCAUUCUUAGCCAUGUUUACCGGCAAAAGACAGAGAUGACAAUUGUUUCAUGGAUUGAAAGUAUUUUUUGUGAGUUUCGGUGACACACUUUGCGAAUAUAUAGAUGAAAUUCACCGACAAUAUGUCUGUGCCGUUGUGGAAAAUCAGUUUGCUCGAGAAAAAGCAAAAGAAAAAGGAUGAUGAGAAACGGAAAGAACGGGAGGCGGAAGAGGAGAGAUUGAAAAAGCUACCGCCGUGGAAGAGGCAAGCUGAGCAACCGAAAAAGGUCAUAAUCAUCGACAAAAACAAGAGUCCAAAUCCAGUGGAUUUGGUGGAACUUUCAAAGCAGGCAGGUUCUAGUUCUUCCAGUAAAUCGAGUGCUAAACAAACUCCUGGCCCGUUGGUUAAUGGCACCGCCCAGAAAGCAGAUACUGGUGAGUCACAGCCACAGGGAAGCCGGGGGAGAGAUGAACCGGACAGUGGACCCGGGGUGUCGGAAGAACAUUGUACAAAUGUGCAUGAUAACGUCUUCUUGACCUUGGAAAGGAAGAAACGAAGAGCCCCUCCACCUCCCAAAUCAGGGGCCCAGAUAAAUGUGAUAGCCUCAAAUGUUUCUAGCUCCAAUAACGUGACUGUUAAUGAUCAAGCAAAACCUGCAAGUUCACCUAAAAUAGGUAAAAAGACACUGUCAGCUGAAUCCACGGUUUCUGCAAGCAAUAAGACAGCUGGUUCGGAAUCUGUGAAUGGAAAUCAUAUACAGCAAUCAAGUAAGAUAAAUGGACCAUCAGUUAUAGGGAACCAGACAAAGAGCAGUACUACUAAACAAAAUGAUGACAAGAAGAAUUUAAAAGAGGAUGUGCCAAAGUCCAAGACUAAAGAUUCUGCUCCAUUGAUAAAAGUUGGAAAAAUUGUUCAUGUGUCUACAACAAACUCAAGAUCAGCUUCGGCUGGUACUUCCGCUGCAAGUUUAUCAAAUGAUUCUUCAACUUCUCAAGGGAAUAAGAGUGGAGGUAAUAAGAGCGGGGAGCCCAGCCACCCAUCUACUACAGAUAGUAGUAAAGGACCAGAGUUAAGGCGGAGAAAGAAAAGUAUAUCGGAACUUAGAGGUUUAUUCGGGGAUACAGUAACACCUAGUAAUGCAAAUUCACUACCUACGGGUCAAUCUACUGCUUCUGGAACUUCAGAUAAAGUGAAAUCUCAGAAAACUUCAAACGAUACAAAACCUGCGGUGACUGUUGCUUCCCUAUCCAAAUCAAACAACUCGACUGUCUCAAAAUCAUCAAACCAAAACAGUGUUUCCGCAAGUGGACAUAGCUUGAAAAAGGAAGAUAUUAAGAAAACAGAAGAGGGUAAGAAAGAUGUGAAGAAUGGUACUAGCAAAAGUGAGAGCAAAAGUCCUGCUGCCACAAAGUCACCCUCACCGUCACGCCACAAACCUUCUUCACAACUACCUGCAAGUGCAAUCAUAAGUCUGACCAAUGAAGGGCCUCUGAAGAGUCGAGAAGGAAAACUGGUAAGAUCAUCCUCUGUCAUCGAUGAUGAGGACGAGGUGACGAUAUCACUAGAGAGCCCUCGAUCUCCGCAAAACAGGAGAAUUUCAAGAGCAAUUGAUUCUGAGGAUGAUACCUUCAACACAAACACUUCAAUACUAAGCAAUGGGUCACCAGCAAGAAGAAAAGCACAGAAUGUUUCCCAAUCAGGAAUGGUUAAUGGAUCUUUAGAUAGAACUGAAUCUGUUGUUACAAAUGACACAAGCAAGGAUGUGCCAUCUGAGAGUAUAAAACCAUCAAUUACUCCCGUCAAGAAGGUUGAGGAUGUGAAGAUUGAAUAUCCAAAUAACUUCAGAGAUCCAAACUUUGUUUCAAAGAAAGAGGAACCAUCGAAGAAAGAGAAGACAUCAAAGAAAGAAGAAAUUCCUUACCCUGCUGAUUUCAGGAGGCCGGUCAGUCCGGUUUCAGUCAGUACCAAAAGCCAGGAUCCUGUCAAAACUGUAUCUCCCAAAGUAUCCUCUAAUAAGGAUAGAGAGCAAGAUGCUGUCACAGUCAGCAAGAAGACUAGUCAAAUAAAAUCUGAUACCACUGCCAUUGUGACAGAUAAGAGAGUUAGUGAGCCGAAAAAGAAUGAUGUCAAAGCGAAAGAAUCACCAUCAAAAUCACCAGUGAAAUCAGAUGGCCACAUCCCUUAUCCUGAUGACUUCCGGAAGCCAAAGACGCAACAAACGGUCAGCAAGUCAAACAUAAAGGAUAUUGUGAAACCAUCAGAUCUGAUCAAAGCAUCAGUAUCCACAUCUAGUAUUGAGAAAAAGGAUGACAAUGACAAUGUUACGGUUACAAAUGUCUUUGGAGCUAAACUUCGCAGAACAAAGAAGCCAGAAUCAAAUGGAAUCAGCAUCAUUAGCCAGAACAAUGACAGUUCCAAGCCGACGGUGGAUAACUCUCCAAAGGCUCCACCCUCUGGUCUGAUGCAGGUAGGAUCUGGUGGUGCCACAUCUACUGGAAAGAAGAAAAAUGUGGUGAAGAAGUUUGAGAAGGUGGAAUUUAUUGGGUACAACUCUCCUGCUGGCAAACCCUCUGCAUUGAAGACUGAAGGGAAGACUAGAACUAGAAAGGCAGAGUUCUCAAGCAAUUAUCAGAGGUCAGGGAUUGGUUUAACGGAUGUUGUAGAUUCUGUGGCAAGUUAG